AACUGAACUACUAAUUUCAUUGUCCCCAAGGAUUUGUGGAUGUCGGAAUGCUGAUUUGCUUCAUAUUUAUUCUACUUAUACCUGAAAGUGCCACGUGUCCGGCAGAAUGCGUGUGCGUGGACCGAACUGUGUCGUGUGUUGGCCAACAACUCACAGAAGUUCCACAAAAUAUCCCGAAUGAUACAAUUAGAUUAGAUCUACAAGACAAUGAAAUAACCAAAAUCGGACCGAACGAUUUCAGCAGUCUUAUGAAUUUAAAAGCUUUACAACUUAUGGACAAUCAAAUUGUCACUAUUCACAAUCAAAGUUUUAGUUCUCUGGUAUUUCUUCAAAAGCUGCGAUUAAGCAGAAAUCGUAUACGCCAUUUACCAGAUAACGUGUUUCAGAACAAUCUGAAACUUACUCACUUAGACUUGAGUGAAAAUGACAUAACAGUGGUUUCUGACGCACAACUACAAGGUCCUGAAUUUUUGGAAGUCUUGAACUUGGAUAAAAAUCAUAUCUUCUGUCUUGAGAACAAUGUGAUUUCUUCUUGGGUGUCUCUAGAAGUACUUACACUGAAUGGAAACCGAUUAACAACAUUUGAAGAGCCCUCAAAUGCAAGAUUCCGACAAUUGGACCUUUUCAAUAAUCCUUGGAAUUGCGAUUGCCGUUUGAGAUGGAUGCGAAAAUGGCUAGAAAAAGCAGAGGGGCAGAAUAAAACAGUUUGUGCAACUCCACUCAACUUGCAAGGGUCCUCGAUAGAAAUUCUCCAAGACAAGUUUAUGACGUGUUCCGGAAACCGAAAACGUAGAUAUAAGAAAACCUGCGAAACUGCGGAAAUUUGUCCACUACCAUGCACGUGCACUGGAACGACUGUAGAUUGUCGGGAUUCCGGGUUGACAUACGUACCAACAAACCUUCCACCGUCUACCACAGAAAUAAGACUCGAACAAAAUCAGAUUUCAUCAAUUCCCUCUCACUCCUUCAAAAAUCUGAAGAACUUGACACGACUAGAUCUGAGCAAAAAUAUAAUCACUGAAAUCCAACCGAAAGCGUUUCUCGGUCUUCACAAUCUGCACACAUUAGUGCUCUACGGGAAUAAUAUAACCGACUUGAAAUCGGAUACUUUCGAGGGACUUGGAAGUUUACAAUUAUUACUCCUCAAUGCCAAUCAAUUGACGUGCAUUCGGAGGGGAACAUUUGACCAUGUCCCGAAGUUGAGCAUGUUGUCAUUAUAUGAUAACGAUAUCAAGUCAAUCAGUGAAGUAACAUUUCAAAAUCUUACCAGCUUGAGUACACUGCAUCUUGCCAAGAAUCCACUGAUUUGUGAUUGCAAUUUGCAAUGGCUGGCGCAAAUAAAUUUACAGAAGAAUAUUGAAACAAGUGGAGCAAGAUGUGAACAACCCAAACGGCUGAGAAAAAAGAAAUUUGCAACUUUACCGCCAAAUAAGUUCAAAUGCAAAGGUUCCGAGUCAUUUGUCAGCAUGUACGCCGACUCUUGUUUUAUCGACUCAAUUUGUCCGACUCAAUGUGAUUGCUAUGGUACAACUGUUGAUUGCAACAAGCGUGGACUUAACACUAUUCCAACUUCAAUUCCCCGCUUUGCAACACAACUCCUCUUAUCUGGAAACAAUAUCUCUACCGUCGAUCUCAAUUCUAACAUCCAUGUCCUAGAAAACCUGGAAGUUCUAGAUUUGUCAAACAAUCACAUCACAUUCAUCAACGACAAGAGUUUCGAAAAACUUUCUAAGUUGAGAGAACUAAGACUAAAUGACAAUAAACUACACCAUUUUUCAAGUAUGGUUUUGGAUGAGCAAUCAAAUUUGGAAAUAUUAGACUUAUCAGGAAAUAACAUUCAAUGCUUCUCUUCUAUAUUUUUCAACAAAGCUACCCGUAUUAGAGAAAUUAAAGUAAUCGGUAACGACUUGCUUUGUGAUUGCCGAAUCCUUCCGUUAAUGUCUUGGCUUCGAUCAAACUCUAGUCAUUCAAUCGACAUUCCACCAUGCCAGCAAUUUCAAUACAGCGAUAAUGAGUCAGAUAAGCAACGGUGUGCAGCAUUCCCCGAAGAGACAUGCUCUGAUGACAGUAACCUUUGCCCACCAAAAUGCUCCUGUUUGGAUCGUGUCGUCCGGUGCUCAAACAAAAAUCUCACCAGUUUCCCGAGUAGAAUACCAUUCGACACUACAGAGCUUUAUCUUGAUGCCAAUUAUAUCAAUGAAAUCCCAGCUCAUGAUCUGAACCGGUUGUAUUCUCUUACUAAGCUAGAUCUUUCACACAAUCGACUCAUAUCUCUGGAAAAUAAUACGUUCUCCAAUUUGACUCGGUUAUCAACUUUGAUCAUAAGCUACAACAAACUGAGGUGCUUGCAACCUCUUGCUUUCAAUGGAUUGAACGCUCUUCGCAUUCUUUCCCUUCAUGGUAACGAUAUCUCAUUCCUGCCGCAAUCCGCAUUCUCAAAUCUGACUAGUAUCACUCACAUAGCCGUUGGUAGCAAUUCGCUUUAUUGCGACUGCAAUAUGGCAUGGUUCUCAAAAUGGAUCAAAUCUAAAUUUAUUGAAGCUGGAAUUGCAAGAUGUGAAUACCCAAAUACGGUUUCUAAUCAACUUCUGCUAACUGCACAACCCUAUCAGUUUACAUGCGAUUCAAAAGUUCCAACAAAACUUGCAACAAAAUGCGAUCUUUGUCUCAAUUCUCCAUGCAAAAACAAUGCCAUCUGUGAAACAACGAGCAGCAGAAAAUACACAUGCAAUUGUACUCCUGGAUUCUAUGGUGUUCAUUGCGAAAACCAAAUCGAUGCUUGUUACGGCUCACCAUGCUUAAACAAUGCAACAUGCAAAGUUGCACAAGCUGGUCGCUUCAACUGUUAUUGUAACAAAGGAUUCGAAGGAGAUUAUUGCGAGAAAAAUAUUGACGACUGUGUGAACUCCAAGUGUGAAAAUGGAGGGAAAUGUGUAGAUUUGAUAAAUUCUUAUCGUUGUGACUGCCCAAUGGAGUACGAAGGGAAACACUGCGAGGAUAAACUGGAGUACUGCACUAAAAAGUUGAAUCCAUGCGAGAAUAAUGGAAAGUGUAUUCCAAUUAAUGGCUCUUACAGUUGUAUGUGCUCUCCUGGUUUCACUGGUAAUAACUGUGAAACUAACAUUGACGACUGCAAGAAUGUGGAAUGUCAAAAUGGUGGAAGUUGUGUGGAUGGAAUUCUUUCUUACGAUUGUUUGUGCAGACCUGGAUACGCUGGACAGUACUGUGAGAUCCCGCCAAUGAUGGAUAUGGAGUAUCAAAAAACCGAUGCUUGCCAACAAUCUGCAUGUGGACAGGGAGAAUGCGUUGCUAGCCAAAACUCUUCUGAUUUCACAUGCAAAUGUCAUGAAGGAUUCAGCGGUCCAAGUUGUGAUAGACAGAUGUCUGUCGGGUUCAAGAAUCCAGGAGCGUAUCUUGCGUUAGACCCAUUAGCAAGUGAUGGGACAAUUACAAUGACUUUGAGAACUACUUCAAAAAUAGGAAUACUUUUGUACUAUGGAGAUGACCAUUUUGUAUCUGCUGAGUUAUAUGAUGGAAGGGUAAAGUUGGUUUAUUAUAUUGGUAACUUUCCAGCUAGCCAUAUGUACAGUUCGGUGAAAGUGAAUGACGGGCUACCGCAUAGGAUCUCCAUUCGAACCUCGGAACGAAAGUGUUUUUUGCAAAUUGAUAAAAACCCAGUUCAAAUUGUGGAGAACAGUGGGAAAUCUGACCAGCUAAUCACAAAAGGCAAAGAAAUGCUGUAUAUCGGAGGACUGCCAAUCGAAAAAUCUCAAGAUGCAAAGAGAAGGUUCCACGUGAAGAAUUCAGAGAGUUUGAAAGGUUGUAUCAGUUCAAUCACGAUAAAUGAAGUGCCGAUCAAUUUGCAACAAGCUCUAGAGAACGUCAACACAGAGCAAAGCUGCUCUGCGACCGUAAACUUUUGUGCAGGCAUCGAUUGUGGAAACGGAAAGUGCACGAAUAAUGCCCUAUCACCAAAAGGCUACAUGUGCCAAUGCGAUUCUCAUUUUUCAGGAGAGCAUUGUGAUGAAAAAAGAAUCAAAUGUGACAAGCAAAAGUUCAGAAGGCAUCAUAUAGAAAAUGAGUGUAGAUCGGUUGACAGAAUCAAGAUAGCAGAGUGUAAUGGUUACUGUGGAGGCGAACAGAAUUGUUGCACUGCUGUGAAGAAAAAGCAGAGAAAAGUGAAAAUGAUAUGCAAAAAUGGAACAACAAAAAUCUCCACUGUUCACAUUAUUCGUCAGUGCCAAUGUGAACCUACAAAAAGUGUUCUCUCUGAAAAGUGACAACUUUAAAGUGAAAACAAUUAUCCCUUGAACUCCUAGAUCCUCGAUUUUUGACAUGUCAUAUUCCAAUUGUAAUAUUAUGUUGUUACUUGUGGGGUUGCUUGAAUAGUCACUUCAACCAUACCUAGGCAUAAAAAUAAGGCCAGUUUUCAAUUUUCAAGAAAUGAACAACUUUUUGGAGUACACAGCAAUUUCACAAGGACCACUAUAUUUUAUCAAUUUACGAUUCGAAUUUUUAUAUUUUAUUUUUCAAUUUCCAAAUCCAGAUUCUCAACGAUACCACAUAAAACGUUUGCU